AUGGGACCCAAGCCUGGUGUCAGGCAGGACCGGAAUCGCUACAAGUCGCCGUGCUGCGUCUGGCUCCUCCGUGAAAGGAAGGUCGGGGUGCGAAGGGAGACGUCGCUCUUGACAACUCCACUUUUGCAUACUUCUAGAUACUUAAAUGUGUCUGUGGGUAGUCCAGACAUUGAAGAAGGAUUCAACAUAAACAAGGGGACGUGUCCACAUGAAUGUCGACUACGAGAUAUCACCUAUUCUGCUCCUAUCACAGUUGACAUCGAAUACACCAGGGGUCAGCAACGAGUAGUGCGAAAUAAUCUCCCAAUUGGCAGGAUGCCGAUCAUGCUCCGAAGUUCAAAUUGUGUCCUCACUGGAAAGAGUCAUGCAGAAUUGGGGAAACUGAACGAGUGUCCAUUUGACCCAGGUGGAUAUUUUGUUGUAAAGGGAACAGAGAAAGUGAUUCUCAUUCAGGAGCAGAUGUCCAGGAAUCGAAUGAUCGUGGAGGAAGAGAGAAAUGGAGGAAUAACUUGUCAUGUCACUUCCUCGACUCACUUUCAGAAGUCCCGUACCAACAUCAUCAUCAAGCAAAGGAAGUAUUAUUUGAAGCACAAUGCUCUCUCUGAUGACAUGCCUGUGACAGUUAUUUUCAAGGCCAUGGGCAUAGAGUGCGAUCAGGAAAUAGUUCAAAUGAUCGGGACUGAAGAGACCAUCAUGAAUGCCUUUGCUCCAUCUUUGGAAGAGUGUCACAAGGUAGAAAUCUUCACACAGAGACAGGCAUUGAAAUAUCUGGGAGGGAAAGUGAGACUUAAAAGAUACUAUGGUCCCGCUGGUCAACAGUCUCCUACAAAGACUGAUCCUAUUGAAGAAGCACGGGAGCUUCUUGCAACUUUAAUUCUCGCUCAUGUUCCAGUGGAGCAUUACAAUUUCCGUACAAAGGCAAUGUAUCUUGCACUCAUGGUACGUCGUGUGAUUCAAGCGCAAGGUGAUCCUGAUGCCAUUGAUGAUCGAGAUUACUAUGGGAAUAAGCGCCUUGAGUUGGCUGGGUCUCUUUUGGCAUUGCUUUUUGAAGAUCUGUUUAAGAAAUUCAACUGGGAAUUGAAAAGCAUUGCUGAAAAGAACAUCCCCAAAGUGAAGGCUGCUCAGUUUGACAUUCUCAAACACAUGCGUCAAGAUCAAAUAACUUUUGGCUUGGAAAAUGCCAUAUCUACCGGGAACUGGACCAUCAAGCGCUUUAAGAUGGAAAGGCUUGGAGUGACCCAAGUGUUGUCUCGGUUGUCCUACAUUUCUGCCCUUGGAAUGAUGACUCGAGUGAAUUCCCAAUUUGAGAAGUCAAGGAAAGUCAGUGGACCCAGAAGUCUUCAGCCAUCGCAGUGGGGAAUGCUCUGCCCCUCUGACACUCCUGAAGGAGAGGCCUGUGGGUUGGUGAAGAAUUUGGCAUUGAUGACACAUAUCACUACAGGAGUGGAAGAAGCUCCUAUUGUUAGACUUGCAUCUAAUAUUGGUGUGGAGGACCUGAAUCUUUUGAGUGGAGAAGAGCUGUCUAAUCCACACAUCUACCUUGUCUUCCUCAAUGGAAACAUUCUGGGGGUUAUCCGAAACUACAAGAAGUUGGUGAGAGUUUUUCGUUCCCUUCGACGAAAUGGAUACCUUUCUGGAUUUGUAUCCAUCUACCCAAUGCAUAAGCAUCGUUGCGUGUACAUUUCCUCUGAUGGAGGGCGCCUCUGUCGGCCAUAUAUUAUUGUGACCAAGGGGAAGUCAAAAGUGGAGAAGCAUCACAUCAGAGAAUUAAGUCAGAACUUGAGGAAUUUCCAAGAUUUCCUUGAUGAUGGACUGGUCGAAUAUCUGGAUGUCAAUGAGGAGAACAAUUCCAACAUUGCUCUCUAUGAGAAAGACAUCACUCCCUCGACAACCCACUUGGAAAUUGAACCAUUCACACUUCUUGGGGUGUGUGCAGGGCUCAUUCCUUAUCCUCAUCACAACCAGAGUCCCCGAAAUACCUAUCAGUGUGCUAUGGGGAAACAGGCUAUUGGGACAAUUGGAUUGAAUCAGAGGAAUCGGAUUGACACCCUGCUCUACAGUUUGGUCUACCCUCAGCGACCCAUUGUGAAGACUCGCACAAUAGAAUUGAUUCACUUUGAAGAACUCCCUGCUGGCCAGAAUGCUGUUGUUGCUGUUAUGAGUUACAGUGGCUAUGAUAUUGAAGAUGCCAUUGUCCUAAACAAGGCUUCUGUUGACAGAGGAUAUGGCAGGUGCUUGGUGUAUCGAAAUAGCAAGUGCACGCUGAAGCGGUAUGCUAAUCAGACUUAUGACAGAGUUAUGGGUCCACUUGUGGAUUCUAUCACUAGAAAGCCCAUAUACAAGCAUGAUGCAUUGGAUGCUGAUGGAAUUGCCUCCCCAGGACUCAUGGUUGAUAAUAAGCAGGUUCUUGUGAAUAAGUCAAUGCCAGCUGUUACUAGCACUAAUCCACUGAGUCCUACUCCAGGGACUUCCAUUCAGCCAGACUACAGGGAUGUCCCCAUCUCGUAUAAGGGUCCUGUCCCAUCAUACAUAGAAAAAGUGAUGAUCUCUUCAAACAAUGAAGAUGCAUUCCUCAUCAAGGCACUUCUUCGUCAGACAAGACGACCAGAACUUGGAGAUAAGUUCAGCUCUCGUCACGGUCAGAAGGGAGUCACUGAGUGCAGAUUUGAGGAGAAUUUGGCAGAUUGCCAUUUCCGUUAUGAAGGAAGGGAGGUCAACGUGAAAGCUGUCAUAAGUGAAGACAUGGAUCCAGUGGUGACUUUCUAUCUAAAUGUUCCUUACUUUAAUUUGAGCUCACCACCACUUAACUUCAGCUUAUGUGAAGGUGAAGAAGUGGUCCCCAUUCAGGGAUCGAUGUUUAGACUUCAAGUUAAAAUUGGCACCUCCCUGUCCCAGGAAAACAGCAAGACUGUAUUUAUAACUGUUUACUUGGCAGGAAAAAUUGGGGAAGUGUGGCUUCCUCCAAACAAAUUCCUUGAUACAAAUUUUUUGCUGAAGAAGGAUCUAGGUCCUUGCCAGAAGUCCCAAUCAGUGAGCUCAAGCCUGGAGUCUCGUCUGUCAGGCCUGGAGUCCCAAUUAGCGAGCUCAAGACUGGAGUUCCAAUCAGUGAGCUCAAGCCUGGAGUCUCGUCUGUCAGGCCUGGAGUCCCAAUUAGCGAGCUCAAGACUGGAGUUCCAAUCAGUGAGCUCAAGCCUGGAGUCCCAACUUUGGUGGAGCCAUGUCAUUGCAGGAAUUCUUAUGGUUCUGGCCCUGUUCCUUUUCAUCUGCUUCAUUUCCAUCCUUUACUGUGGGCAAAAGAAGACCAUGGAUACUCUGAGAACACCUAUUUUCAGGAAUGUUGAACCAAAUGAGGAAUGGAGUCCACCCAAAGUAAGGCAAAUCCCCGUGGUGUGUCUUUUUCUCCAGCCUCUAGCAGCUGCUGGCGAAAAAGACACAUUGGCUUGGCAUGACCACAUCAUUGAAUGACAUCACUAUUAGGCAAGCAGCUGCAAGUGGAACAUGGUGAACUAUGAGAAUGCUGAGCAGCUAAGCGUUAAAAUGAUGUCAUCAAAUGCUGGGAGCCUCAGCAGGGCUAGCUGAGCUGCUAGCAAAAAAAAGACUUGCCCCUGGUCUCACUGUGAUGGACUCUGUUUUCUACUCCAUCAAUUUCAUUGUGACAUUUUCUGCCUAUUUAAUUUUUUAAUGUGUGUG